CCGUGAGCCUGCACGUCCGGAGCCUGUGCUCCGCAACGGGAGAGGCCACAACAGCGAGAGGCCCGCGUACCGCAAAAAAAAAAAAAAAAAAAAAAAAAAAAAAAGAUAUAUAGGUUCAAGAGCUUACAGUUUGAGGAAUAAAUAGUUGGGCAAUAUGCAGUUUUCUCAGACAACCUCCGGGUGCCACUGUUGACCAAAGGGAACAUAAGGGUUCUCAGUUCUGCAGGAGUGAUGGGCAGAGUGUUUUCCUGCUUUGUCCUGUGCACAUCAGAACGCAAACGCAUCUCCUGUGCAACCUCAAGUGCCUAACAAAUAAGUCCUACCCUCAAAUCACAAAAGUCCAGGGAACUGUCAUUGAUUUUUUUAAACAUCCCAGAGACAUCUUGAAGAGCAGCUUCCCAGAGAGUUCAAGAAAUGCUUAGGAGCUCCAGAAAAGCUGAAACAAUGAAAAGUCAGGUACUGCUUCUCUUCCUGCUGUCUUUGUUGUGGAGGGCAAUCUCCCAGGAGAUCCAGUACUCGAUUUCAGAGGAGCUAGCCAAGGGCUCGAGGGUGGGGAACCUGGCCAAGGAUCUGAGGCUCAAUGUCCAGGAGUUGCCAGCUCGAAAACUGCAGAUUAGUGCAGAGGAGUUUUUCAGUGUGAGUUCAGAGAAUGGGGAUUUGCUAGUGAGCGGUAGGAUAGAUCGAGAGAAGAUUUGCAGGAGGAAAUCUGAGUGUGCACUAGAAUUUGAAACGGUCGCUGAAAACCCAAUGACUAUUCUCCAUGUGAGUGUUGCAAUUCAAGAUAUUAACGACAAUGCACCAAGUUUCAUUGCAAACGGCAUUGACUUGGAAAUCUGCGAGUCAGCCUUACCAGGGGUAAAAUUCCCUCUGGAUUCUGCACAAGAUGCAGAUGUAGAAAGUAACUCACUGAAGAUAUAUUCCAUCAGCCACGAUGAGCACUUCUCUCUGUCAACAAAGGAAAGUCCCGAUGGAAGUAAAUACCCAGAAUUACUGCUGGAAAAAUCUCUGGACAAAGAACAGCAGAGCUCCCACCACUUAAUCCUGACUGCCAUGGAUGAUGGGGACCCUCCUCUAAGCGGCACUACCCAGAUCCGCAUACAGGUCAUCGAUGCCAACGAUAAUGCUCCGGUGUUCAGCCAGGACACUUACAGGGUUAGCCUCCAAGGAAAUGUGCCCCGGGGAACCUCCGUGCUGCAGGUGAUGGCUACUGACCAGGACAAGGGCAUUAAUGCAGAAAUCACCUAUGCCUUCCUCAGUUCCUCAACAAGUACCAGCCUCCUCUUCAUUCUCUAUCCAAAUUCUGGUGACAUCACAACCAAUGGUACAUUAGACUUUGAAGAGACAAGUAGGUAUACGUUGGGUGUAGAAGCUAAGGAUGGAGGGGUACACAAAGCUCACUGUAAUGUUCAGAUUGGAAUUGUUGAUGAGAAUGACAAUGCUCCAGAGGUGACAUUAAUGUCCUUCUCUAGCCAGAUUCCCGAGGGCUCAGACCUUGGAACCGUAAUAGCCCUCAUUAAAGUGCGAGAGCAGUAUUCUGGAAAAAAUGGUCUGGUGACAUGUUAUAUUCAGGAAGGAGUUCCCUUCAAAUUAGAAUCCACCUCCAAGAAUUAUUACAAGCUAGUGAUUGACGGUGCCCUAGACCGAGAGCAGAGGGCAGAGUACAAUGUCACCAUCACAGCCACCGACAAGGGCAAGACUCCCCUCUCCUCCAGUACAAGCAUCACCCUACACAUCCGCGAUGUCAACGACAACGCUCCAGUUUUCCACCAGGCCUCCUACGUGGCAGAAAACAACCCGCCCGGCGCCUCCAUCGCCCAAGUUAGCGCUUCAGAUCCAUACUUGGAGCCCAACGGGCACGUCUCCUACUCCAUCGUGGCCAGCGACCUGGAGCCGUGCGCGCUGUCGUCCUACGUGUCCGUGAGCGCACAGAGCGGCGUGGUGUUCGCGCAGCGCGCCUUCGACCACGAGCAGCUGCGCGCCUUCGAGCUGACGCUGCAGGCCCGCGACCACGGCUCGCCCGCGCUCAGCGCCAACGUGAGCCUGCGCGUGCUGGUGGGCGACCGCAACGACAACGCGCCCAGGGUGCUGUACCCGGCGCUGGGGCCCGACGGCUCGGCGCUCUUCGACACGGUGCCGCGCGCCGCGCAGCCCGGCUACCUGGUCACCAAGGUGGUGGCGGUGGACGCCGACUCUGGACACAACGCCUGGCUGUCCUACCACGUGCUGCAGGCCAGCGAGCCCGGACUCUUCAGCGUGGGGCUGCGCACGGGCGAGGUGCGCACGGCGCGGGCCCUGGGCGACAGGGACGCGGCCCGCCAGCGCCUGCUGGUUGCUGUGCGCGAUGGGGGACAGCCGCCCCUCUCGGCCACCGCCACGCUGCUCCUGGUUUUCGCGGACAGCCUGCAGGAGGCGCUGCCGGACCUCAGUGACCACCCUGAGCCCACUGACCCCCAGGCUGAGCUGCAGUUUUACCUGGUGGUGGCCUUGGCCUUGAUCUCGGUGCUCUUCCUCCUGGCAGUGAUUCUGGCGGUCGCCCUCCACCUUCGACGGUCCUCCAGCCCCGCUGCCUGGGGCUGCUUUAAGCCUGGUCUGAGUUCCAAGUCUGGACGGAGGGUUCCCCCCAACUACAGUGAGGGAACAUUGCCCUAUUCCUACAAUCUGUGUGUUGCCUCACAUUCAAUUGUGAUUUAAAUUGUGAAAUUUAACUUUCACAACGUGACCCCGGAAACAGCUACCCGUCCGGAUCUCCUAGGUGAAGAUCCUUCUAUGGGUAUAUGUGCCAGUAAUGAAGACCCCCAAAUCUCUUAUGAUUCCUCUUUUUCCCAUCACGUGAGUUUUUGCAGACUUACUUAA